UGUACUUGUUCCUAGUUGCAAAUUGUAACUGAUGUCAGAGGCAACAACCGAACCAAAUCAAACUACUAAUUCCACCAUUAUAUUCUUCACAAGAUGGAGCGGUUUAACAAACAUCAUUUCCCAUUCCAUACAUAUUCACCUUCUUUCUCACACCUCUCUUUCCACAUCUCUCUCUAAUGGGAAACCAUUUCUCAUUUCAUGCUACCAUCAAAAUCAUUCACUAUGACGGUUCACUUCAAGAGCUUGAUCAACCAAUAACAGCAGCCGAACUCAUGUUAGAGCAUCCAAAACAUGUUGUUGUCGAGUUUCACUCAGCAUUGAAUCAGAAAAAACCAACACCGUUGCCGGCCGACAAGAAUCUUGAGAUGAACAAGAAAUAUGUUAUGGUUCCGAUGAAGCCAGGGAAGCCGGUUGGACUAAAGGCGGAAGAUUGUCGUAGGAUUCUUUCGGUUGUUAAUUCGUCUAUUGAUUCUAGUAAUUAUCUUAUGUGCUCUCAAGGGUUUGUUCCUUGGCUUGUAAGGUUUUUGAAGAAAAGGAAUGAGGCUAUUGGAGAGGUUGAGAAAAGUUUGGAGAUGAAUGGAGAAGAGAGGUUUGAGUUUUGUGAGUUUUUGCCGGAGAUGAUGGAAGAGAGAGGAGAGUAUUUGAAUUUGAGUAGGCAGUUGUCAGGGAAAGGGUGGAAGCCUAGUUUGGAUACUAUUAAGGAAAAGAAGGUUAAGAAAAAGGUGUCUGGUUGGUUAUUUCUUAGAAGUUUUGUUGCUGCAAAGAUUUGAAGAUUAAUAUGGUUAAAUUAAUGAAAAUGUUGUUUAAGUUAUUUUGAGUCAUGUAAUAUUGUCAAUGUACUUAUUUCUCAUCUCACAUUUUCUAGUUCUAUUCUCUUUUGUCUUCUCUUUUUUUUGGUUACUUUUCUAUGUGAAUCUCUCUAUUGAGCCACAACUUAAAAUUUAAUGACU